AUGAGGUUCUUCUCCGCCGCCACCGCUCUUCUGGCGGCCGCGUCCACCGCCCAUGCCGCCUUCUUCAAGACCAUCGGCAUGGAAAUCGGCCCCCUCGACGACCACAUCGAGACCCUCAACAAGCGUGCCGAAGUCAACGGUACUUCCGGCUACGGCACCUUCGACCAGCUGAUCGACCACAACACCCCCGAGCUCGGCACCUUCAAGCAGCGCUUCUGGUACGGCUUCCAGUACUGGAAGGGACCCGGCUCGCCCAUCAUCCUCGUCAACCCCGGCGAGCAAGCCGCCGAUGGCUUCAACAAGUCUUACCUCACCGACCAGCGUCUGGCCGGCUGGAUGGCCAAGGACAUCGGCGCCGCCGUGGUGAUCAUGGAGCACAGAUACUGGGGCGAGUCCAGUCCGUACGACCAGUUGACAGUGAAGAAUCUGCAGUAUUUGACGCUGGAGAACUCGUUGAAGGAUAUCAACUACUUUGCCGAGCACAUUCAGCUGCCGUUUGACAAGACGAAUGGCAGCAAGCCUGCCAACGCGCCUUGGAUCUUCACCGGUGGUUCUUACUCGGGCGCCCUGGCCGGUUGGCUGGAGGCGCUGUAUCCCGGUACCUUCUGGGCGUAUCAUGGCACUUCUGGCGUUGUUGAAGCCGUUGGACCUUUUUGGACCUAUUUCGUCCCUGUCCAGGAAGCGACUCCGCAGAACUGCAGCAGGGAUCUGAGCGCUGUUAUUGACUAUGUCGACUCCGUACUGCUGUUUGGUACCCCCAAGGCCAAGCGCGAGCUCAAGACCAAGUUCAAGCUGCAGGAUUUGACUGAUGCCGAUUUUGCUUCCGCCAUUGGAAGCGGCCCCUGGAGCUGGCAAUCUAGCCAGUUCUACUCGGAAAAGAUCUCCGGCUACAACCCCUACUACCGCUUCUGCGACUACGUCGAAAACGUCUGGCCCAACUCGACCAACAAGGUUCCCGGUCCUCAGGGUGUUGGCAUUAAGAGGGCCCUCGACGGAUACGCCAAGUGGUUCGUCGAGGAGUCUCUUCCUGGCACCUGCGAGUCUAGUGGCUACGCUGGCUUCGAGGGCGAGGACAACGUUCUCUGCUUCCAGAACCAGAACGCCUCCAACCCCAUCUUCCACGACUUGUCGGUUGGCAACGCCUACAACCGCCAGUGGAACUGGUUCCUUUGCAAUGAGCCCUUCGAAUGGUGGCAAGACGGCGCCCCCCUCGGCCGCCCCUCCAUCGUCUCCCGCCUCGUCGACGCCGACUACUGGCGCAAGCAGUGCCCGCUCUGGUUCCCCACCGAGAAGGGCUCCGGCGCUUCCUACGGCAUCAAGCAGGGCAAGCGCGCCGAGGACGUCAACAAGUACACGGGCGGCUGGAAUCACACCAACGGCACGCGCAUAAUGCAGGCCAACGGCUCGCUCGACCCCUGGAGAGACGUCACCCUGUCGUCCAAGUUCCGGCCCGGUGGCCCCUUCAAGGGCAACAAGAACCACCAGGUUCGCGUCAUCGAGGGCGGUACUCACUGCUCCGACUUCUAUGGCCCCAACUGGAGCGCCAAUGAGGGCGUCAAGAAGAUUGCGGCGGACGAGGUCGCCCAGAUAGGACAGUGGGUGGCGGACUUUUACAAGGAGAAGGGCAUCACUAGGCCCCAGUAA